UCUUCAAGGCUUGGGGGUAAUUUUUAUCUUGGGAUGUUGCUGCAUGUCUCCUGCACGAGGCUGAAGCCGUGGCAGGCGGGUUUGGAGCACAGCUGAGGCACUGAUGCAAAUCAGCCUCGCUGCACAGCGGCUCGCAGCUGUGACACCUGGGAGCUAAGCACAGGUAUCCCCGGGCUCGGCGUGCGGAUAUGGACCUGGACAGACAGCACGGCAAAGAGUCCUGAAAGGGAGUCUCUCUCCUAGAUGCUGAGCCCUUUAAGAAGGGGAAGGUAGGCUAGAGCUGUGAGAUUUUAAGCUGGCUGUGCUGAGGCUGAAGAAAGGGCUACUACGGUAGUGCUUUCAGUUCUUCCUUCCUCUAACGCAGACCCAUCUAGCUGGGCAGCAGGGAGAAGGAGGAGGAUGGAGGCCUGUGCAGGCUGAGCACGGACAGAUCUUGGAGGCUGCGGCAGCUAGGAAAGGAUGAAGAUGAGACGCCAUAAACUCUUUCUGACUCUCUGCAUGGCUGGUCUCUGCCUCAUCUCCUUCUUGCACUUCCUCAAGGCCCUUUCCUAUGUCACCUUCCCCAGGGAGCUGGCUUCACUUAGUCCCAACCUCGUCUCCAGCUUCUUCUGGAACAAUGCCCCCGUCACGCCUCAGGUCAGCCCUGAGCCAGGGGGCGCAGAGUUCCUGCGCACACCCCUGUACUCCCACUCCCCCUUGCUCCAGCCCCUGUCUCCCAGCAGAGCCAGCGAAGAGCUGCACAAGGUUGAGUUUGUGCUGCCAGAAGACUCAACGGAAUACUUUGUCCGUACCAAAGCCGGUGGCAUUUGCUUUAAGCCAGGCACCAAGGUGUUGGAGAAGCCCCCCGCGGGAGGCCGGCAGGAGGAGCGAGCGGAUGGUGCGGCCUCGGGGCGGCCGGCUCGGAAGCCGCUGAGCGCCGGUGGAGCCAAGCGGCGCAAGUGGGUGGAAUGCGUGUGUCUGCCAGGCUGGCACGGCCCCAGCUGUGGGGUCCCCACCGUGGUCCAGUACUCCAACCUGCCCACCAAGGACCGCCUCGUGCCGCGGGAGAUCCCCCGGCGGGUAAUCAAUGCCAUCAACGUCAACCACGAGUUCGACCUGCUGGAUGUCCGCUUCCAUGAGCUGGGAGACGUGGUGGAUGCUUUCGUGGUGUGCGAGUCCAACUUCACAGCGUACGGAGAGCCGCGGCCCCUCAAGUUCCGCGAGAUGCUCCUCAACGGCUCCUUUGACUACAUCCGCCACAAGGUGCUCUACGUUUUCCUGGACCACUUCCCGCCCGGCGGCCGCCAGGACGGCUGGAUCGCUGACGAUUACCUGCGCACCUUCCUCACCCGGGACGGCAUCUCCCGCCUCCGCAACCUGCGCCCGGACGAUGUCUUCAUCAUCGAUGACGCUGAUGAGAUCCCGGCCCGUGAUGGCGUGCUCUUCCUCAAGCUCUACGACGGCUGGACAGAGCCCUUCGCCUUCCACAUGCGCAAGUCGCUCUAUGGCUUCUUCUGGAAGCAACCAGGCACAUUGGAGGUGGUCUCAGGCUGCACCAUGGGCAUGCUGCAGGCCGUCUAUGCUACAGACGGGAUACGUUUGCGACGCCGUGAUUACUACACCAUGCCCGGGUUUCGGCAGUACGAGAACAGCACGGGACACAUCCUGGUGCAGUGGUCGCUGGGCAGCCCUCUCCACUUUGCUGGCUGGCACUGCUCCUGGUGUUUCACCCCAGAGGGGAUCUACUUCAAACUGGUGUCAGCCCAGAAUGGGGACUUUCCCCGCUGGGGUGACUACGAGGAUAAACGAGACCUCAAUUAUAUCCGGGAGCUGAUCCGGACUGGUGGCUGGUUUGAUGGUACAAUGCAGGAGUAUCCCCCUGCUGACCCCAAGGAGCAGAUGUAUGCUCCCAAGUACCUGCUCAAGAACUACCAGCGGUUCCGCUACUUGUUGGAGAACCCCUACCGAAAGGCCGAGGGUGCUGGGUGAGGCCACCGGGUGGGAAAUCGGAACUUUGCAACAAAGGGAAAGAGUCGGGUGUUUUCGUCUGUUACUUUUCUUCUUUUGUUUCCUUUGUUUAUGGGCAGGGUGUGCUGUUUUUGUGGGGUCUCUGUCCUCCCUCACUUCCUGUUCUUCUUCCCUUCAUCCCAGGGUGAUGCCCGGGAACCCAAAUUCCUCAGUCACGUGAAGGGAGACCUGAACAGGAGGAAGAGAGUUGGUGAGGACCCGCUCUGUAGUAGCAUAAAGACUUCCUUCCAUCUUUUGAGCCUCUCCUGCUGGCUGGAGAGAAUCUCUGCAGCCAGCUGGCAGAUUUUCCUCUGGGGGAGGCUGAGAGGAUCCCAUGGGGAGAGAGGGCAGCUGUUCCCAUCCACCCUCAUCCUUUGUGGAUUGGAGCAAGCAUAGAAGCAAGCCUGGGCUGUUUAGCGAGCGUGUGAGUCAGCACAAACUCUUGUGAGUGGUUGUGUGUGCAGAUGUGUGUCACUGGCAUUUUUUGGAUGAGUGAAUGUGCAAAAGCAUCUCAGUAUGCUUCUUCUUUUUUCUUUCCUUUUUUUUUUUUAAUACUGCUAUAUUCAAAGGGUACUUUGGGGAAGGGGAAUCCUUUGCUUCCAAGGUGUCCUUGUCAAGAUGCAGCCCCUUGCACAGGCUUAAUGCAUUCUGUCCUGGGCUGGAUCUUGCCCCAGUACUCUACCAAUCCUGGAGCAGAUAGCUAGGAAGCAGAGGAGAAAGCUGGGUUGGCGGGUUUUUUCUGCUCAUUUUUCCCCCUGCCCCCACAACACUGCAUGGACUUGUCCUACAGAAGCCAAAGUACCUUCCCUGCAGUACAUGCUUCUAUUGGGGCUGGGAUAAGCUGUGGGGGACUCAGUCAGAUGGUGGGAGUGUAUGUUUGCAAGUGCAUGGUUGCCUGUGUGCAUGAGUGCUCACAUGCAUGGGUUUGGUGUGCACCUGGGUGUUUAUUACCAGUAUUGGGGGGGGAGGAGGACAUAGUGGGGCUUGGCUGUGUGCACUUGCAGGGAAUGGUGGGAUCCAGAAGCUGUGAUCUCAGUGUUGGCAUGGAUGAUUUCUUGGGCAAUUCAUAGGAGAGGAGCAGAGCUAGCGUUGGCUCUGCAUAGCAGUGCUGGACUUGUGAGACUGUUGCAUGCCUCUCUGCCUGCCUCUAGAGCCCCACAGGCUGUGCCUGUAGCAGGGCUGCUGCUUACAUGUGCUGGCUACUCCUUCUUACCAUGGGGUAAUAAAAGGGAGAAGAGGAAGGGUAAAAUUCUGAUUGUUGUGCACAAACAAAGCCUGUCAAGGCACAAGGUCCAUCUGUCUGCCCUUAGGGUGUGAGGAGGCUCGUGAAGAAACAAGCCAUGGGCCAAUUCUUCCUGGGGCCAAGAGGCUGUUUGGGGACCACAGUGCAGUCCAGAGCAUGUGCAACCCACAUCUGCAGCCUGGGCCAUGCAGACAAGACCAUGGAGAGGAAAAGGGGUUUAGGAGUGUGCUAAUUGCAGCUGGUUGGGCUGGUGUCUGCUCAGGCAUGGGCAGUGAGGAUCUGCUGUUGUAUUGGAUUGCUCAGCUCACUGAGGAGGCAGAUUCUUGUCUCCACCCUUACCACCACCCUUCCUUAGCAGAUGGCUUGACAGGGUGCCCAGAGCCUGGGUCGUAGUGGGCAGAGGGUGAAAAUCAUAAUGAACUUGCUCUCUUAGCCUUGCCGUGGAAAGACUGACUCAUGUUCCAAGCAGAAAUCCUGGAGGAGGAUAAAGAGGAAGGCGUUAGCACAAAGAAGUGUCGCCCUUCUGGCCAGCUGUUCUAAAGCAGGAGGGUUUUCAUUGGCCCUAACUCCAUCUGGGUUCCAUGGUCCUGUAUUGCCCAGCACAUGCCACCCUUGUGCUUCAUUCCUACCUGUGUCUCUCUCUUUUUUUCCUUCCUAGUCCCCCCUCUAGAGAAAAGAAAAUUGUCCACAAAACCAACUUGCUUGGCUCAUAAGUCAGAGACUCUAAUGAAAUGAAGAUGAAUGUCUUUUUCUGAUCAAAUGGAGAUGCAGUUCACCUUAGCUCCUCCUGCAUGUUGUGUGCCAUAAUGCCUCCGUAGAAAAACUGAAGGAACCUCUUUUUUGUUAUCAUUUUUGGUUUCUUUAAAAUCACCGUUCUCAAUUCUGUUGUGUCUUCCCCACAGGCAGAGAAGCCUCUUUGGGAACUGGGUAGACAGACAAACUUUGCUAGGAGAAUGCUUCUUCCCCAAAAGGAAGUUGUUGCUUUUUUUAAGUCCAGACUUGUUGAUGUAGCAGGAGGAACUCCUGUCACUGGUGCUGAGCAACUGUGUGGAGGUCUUAGGUAUAGAGAGAUGGUAGAGAAAUGGGGUCCCAGCUGAGAAAGAAGGAGCCUGUAUUGAGCAGGAUGAAAGCCACAGCACUGAGGGUGCAGCAUGGGGAGAAGAUGCUUUCCCCAGGGACAGCUGGAGGAGAGCAGGUGUGUUAGCUCGUGCAAUUCAGCAGUAGCACAGUAUGGAAGGAAGAAGCCAUUUCUUAUUUUUACUCUGAGGAGAGAGCCUGAGGUGUGCUCUAGGACCUCUUGGCUUUGCUUUGGCUCAGUGAUGAUAACACAAAGUCAUUGCCAGGCUUUGCUGGAGACAGAGGAGAAAGACAAGCCAGUCUUUGCGUGGGUGCUUUGGCAGCACCAGAGCCCCACUUCAGCAGGAGCUGAAGUUCACGUGUGCUGGGGCUGCACCUCCUUAUCUCCCACAGUGGGAGCAGCCUUUCCUCUGAUAUCAGCCCUUCCCAUGCACGGCCAUCCUUGGGUAAUUUUAGUGCACAGCAGUCAUGUCUUCAGUGUUGAGGUGUGGCCCUUGUUUCUUGUGAGUUUAGUAAGCCCACAGCUGCAGUAUCAGCUUCUCCCAUUCCUGAACUACAGCCUGUUGCUUUCACUCCUCCAUUAUUUGCUCCACCAUUCUUCUCUUCUCUCUCUGAUUUGUCUCUCCCUUCUGCUCCCUUGGGCUGGAGAAGAUGUUGCUGGAAAAGGAAUACUGGGGCUCUAGUGCAGAACUCUGCCCUGCCUGCCUCCUGGACUUACUCACUUCCUUAUUCUUAGGAAAUUAAAUUGAAACCAGACUUCUGUUGUAGUGGGAGGAAGGGGCUUUACAGAUGAAAUGCGUUCUUUAUUGUUUCUCUUUCUCAAGAAUUGUUUAAGCAUUUUUUGAUUUAAGGCCAAACCAGUCAAUGUUUGUCUAAUUUGUCUGGCUAACUCUGUGUUUAUUAUCCUUAGGGAGCUAGAGUGCUUGUCAUUAAAAAUCUUCCUUCUUGUCCCUGCAGGGAACAGACACUAACUACUAAGCUGGCUUUCACACAGUGAUUUUCCAAGGUGGUGGCUUGCCCUCUGCUCAGCCUUGCCUGUGCUGCCUGCUGGGACCUCUGCAGCCAGCUCCAGGUGGGCUGCCACAGGGGGGAAGUCAAAAGUAAGUGUGUGUGUGAAGUGGUGUGAGAGGCAAAGCAGGAGGCAGGCUUGUGUCAGAUCCUUGUUUCCCAGUGCCGGACUCUGAGGUGAGCACUGAAGCUCCUUCAUUUUAUCUGAACCAGGUUCUGAGAUUUGAGAAGGGAAAGACCAAGAGCCUUGUCCUGGCACUGAGGUGGAGCUGGGAUCAGACUAUCAGAGCCGGAUGACUGUGGGUUGUUGCAGCCCAUGGGGGCAGUGGGCAGUGAAUCCUGCUGUCUCUCUUGGAGGGAAUACAUCACCAGCCUUUUUCUGUAGCCCUUUUCAGCCUUGUGCUUUUCAUUCCCAAAGCCUUUUUUACCUUCAAAUUGGUAAAAAGUGGGGCCAGGAAAUAGGUGAAGCAGCAUGUGGCACACUCAAGCCUUGCACUUGUUUCUGUCUUUGUGCUUCCCACCUAGAAAGAGAUUGUGGCCUAUGCAUGGCUUUGGACUGGAGAAUGCCUCUUCCUCUUUUGCCCCAAGGGAAAGAAAGGACAUGGGCUUUGGUGCACUUGCAGCAGGUGAGCUUGCUAAAGCAGAGGGAGUAGGGCAGGUUAGACCUAUUUGCCCAUCUGGGGGUAGUGCCACACCCAAGAAAAGACACGGUGACUUUGUGCCUGUGGUUGGGAUGGAGGAUGACAUGCUCAAGCCCAGUCUUGCUGUUGCUUUCUCUGAUCCCUGUGUCCUGCUGAGGUGUUGUGGUUGUGCUGCCCAGGCCAGCCUACUCUGUGUCUCUGUGACAGACGAACAAGGAAACAGAGCUGGCAUGGAGGGAGAGUGUCAGAGCAGAAUGGGUGUUCAUUCCCUUUUGCCUGCCUUGCUGUUUCCUUGUGGGAUGGUGUCUCUUCCCCUCCUCAGUGUCCCUGGGGCUGUGUCCCUGUGUCCCAGCUCCUGCCAGCAAUCUCUGUGGCUGCUAUGCCUCUGCACUGUGAAGCGCUGUCCAGGGUCGCUCCUGGUUCCAUUGGUGAACACUGGUGGUGGAGAGGGAAGGGACGGCUCGUCCUGGCUUCACUGACCUCCAACCUUGCUGAGAAAGGAGGGAAGUGAGUGGGAGAAUGGAUCCUGUAUCCUUCCACCAUUGUGUUCUCCCUACCCUCCCUAGUCCCCUGAUUUCUGAGACAUUGGACAAACUCCCUCCUGUUAUGGAAAGGGAAGGGGAGCUGGAGGGUAAGGGAGUGGCAGGAGGGGCUCAGAUCCAGCAUUGAGAAAGAACUGUUUCUAAUGCAAUACACUGACAUUUUAAAGCUUUGAGCACUACAGGUAAUGGAUUAAGAAGGGAUCUGAAAUACUCUAAGAAUUCAAACAGCUGUUUUUUCCUGCCUGUGCGGAUGAUGAUGCAGUAUCAUCCUGGAGGUGGUCCAGCAGCACUUCUGAGCCUGGGGUCCACGUGGACCUACUGCUGGUGUUGCUCCUGGAGGGGCUCCAGGACACCCUGCUUUGGAAAAAGAAUGCGUGGACUUGCCAAAAACUAAAAAGAAAAGAAAAAAUAAGAGCAUCUGCAAAGCUCCUUUCAACUCUGUAAUUUAUAAACAGCAAGUAAUAAUGAACUUUUUGUAAGGAUAAAUCAAAUGUACAUUCUGAAAUCAUUUUCUCUGUAAAUGGUUGGAUUUCAUUUCACCCUUAAAGGGAUGCUUAAAAGGAGGAGAUAAAAAAUAAAAAAUUUAAAAAAUUUACAAAGUAUGAAAAGAAACCAA